AUGAAAUCGUCACCUAACAGUCGUUCACCUUCAGAUUGUACACUUUGUCAAAAUUAUCAACGAAUAUUAAUUGAAGAAAGUUCUGAAAUAGUUCCACCAGAUCGUAUUUCACAUUCAGAAGAAAGUCUUUUACUUGGUCAUCUUCAUGAAAGAUGUCAAUCGAAUGAUGAAAUUGUAUGUUAUCGUUUUUUUUAUUUCAUUAAAUAUUCAAAUAUUGUACCAUCUAUUUAUGUUCAUGAAAUGAUUAGAAAAUUUAUUGCAUUUGCUAUGUUUGCUGGUGAAUCAAAAAAUCUCGGUGAAAAAUAUCCAGUUCGUGAUGAUAUUAAUGUAUUAUUAUGUGGAGGUCCAUCAACAGCUAAAUCUCGAUUUUUAAAGGUUGCAUCGCCUGUUGAUUUAAUUGUUUAUAUACAAUGGAAUGUAGUUAUUAGAGAAUGGACACUUGAAGCUGGUACACCCGUACUUGUAAGUUUAAUAAAUUAUUUUAUUUUAGGCUGA